AUGACAGGCAACAUGCAUCUUGGGGUAGAGGAGCCCAUCCGAGAGUGCCAGUACAAUCAGAUCUGCACGCAUAACUCCUCGCCCAUGGACACUCCACACACCAAGAAGAAAAAGAUCAAAAGGAAAUGGCAGGUUUUUCCUGGCAGAAAUAAGUUUUACUGCAACGGCCGGAUCAUGAUGGCAAAGCAGACCGGUGUCUUCUAUCUUACAAUGGUUCUCAUUUUGGUGACCAGUGGCCUGUUCUUUGCCUUUGACUGCCCAUUCCUGGCAUCGAACCUGACCCCUGCCAUCCCGGCCAUCGGAGGAGUGCUGUUCGUCUUUGUGAUGGGAAUGCUGCUCCGAGCGAGCUUCAGCGACCCGGGCGUCCUGCCCAGGGCCACACCAGAGGAAGCAGCCGACAUUGAGAGGCAGAUAGAUGCAUCCAACGGCCCUAGCGGCCCAGGCUACAGACCGCCCCCCCGAACCAGAGAGGUGGUCAUUAACGGUCAAACGGUCAAGCUAAAAUACUGUUUCACCUGCAAGAUCUUCCGACCGCCGCGGGCCUCACACUGCAGCCUGUGUGACAACUGCGUGGAGAGAUUUGAUCAUCACUGCCCGUGGGUUGGCAACUGCGUGGGGAGGAGGAACUAUCGCUUCUUCUACCUGUUCAUCCUCUCACUCUCCUUCCUCACCAUUUUCAUCUUCGCCUUCGUCAUCACGCACGUAAUACUGAGAUCCAACAGGACUGGCUUUCUUAGUGCUCUCAAAGACAGCCCUGCUAGUGUUCUGGAAGUGGUGGUGUGCUUCUUCUCUGUCUGGUCCAUUGUGGGACUGUCAGGAUUUCAUACCUACCUGAUCAGCUCCAAUCAGACCACCAACGAAGACAUCAAAGGUUCAUGGUCAUCCAAACGAGGCAAAGGCAACUACAACCCUUACAGCUACGGAAACUUCAUCACCAACUGCUGCGCUGCACUGUGUGGACCUCUGCCACCGAGUUUGAUUGACAGAAGAGGUUUUGUCCAGCCAGACACUCCUCAACCUGCGGCCCAGACAAACGGCACCGGCGCCUGCCCCUCCAAUCAAGUCCAGAGUCACAUGUGUGCUCAAGACCAGUGCAUUCAGAGCACCAAAUUCGUUUUGCAGGCCGCCACCAACCCGUUGCUCCACAGCCAGCCCGUCAUUCUGGGCGGAGGCGCUCCCCUCCAGGCCAAGACCUCUCUGGGUGGGCCGUGCUCCACUCUGGGCCCCCCUCAGCCCUCGCUGCCCUCCUCUAUCCCAGGCCUCAGCUGCGGAGGAGAACUGUUGGCCCUGCGAGACUCUGAGAUUCACUGUCAUCACCACCUACACCAUCAACAUUUCAUCAGUCCGGAGGAGACGCCCUCCCCGCCCGCAGCCCUGCCCUGCGCCACCCACCUGGGUCACCACGUUCACCCGGCGCAGCUCUUCGACCCCGCCAGCCAAGACUCGCUCCAUGAAGACUCUGUGCGGGGUUUGGUCAAGCUGAGUUCAGUGUGAGCUGUUAUGAACGCCGUCCUGCUGAACUGGACCACAAGCCAUACGGUACUUUACACACAUAUAACAGCCUCUGCUGGACGUUUCUCAUAUGUGAUGGAGGCAGCUGCCCCGAACAAUUUCCAGAGUACCAAGUGAGGACCAAAGCUAGUCUUCCAGCUCUAUUAUUACUCAACCAAGCUCUCUUUUUUUUUAAUGGAAGCUUAUUUCCACUACAGAACUUAACUGCGAGCUUUUCUCUCACAGGUCUGACUUUUUCCCUCGUAUCUCACAGUUUGGACUUUGACAUUUAUCAGUUGUGAGAACAGAUCUCACAAUUCCGAGGUUAUUUCUUCUGAAUUCUGCAUGUGCAUGUGGUCAGGUCAGGUAUUCGGAGGAAUUCUGAGGGGAAAGAAGUCCAAAUUGUGAGAAACGGUUCUCAAUUCACAAUUCUAAGAUUAAUGUCAGCAUUCUGUGGUUAAAAAAAAAAAAAAAAAAAAAAAAAAAAAGUUAGAACUGUAAGAUUUGAACUUGUGAUUCCUAGAAAAAAAAAUAAAAAAAUAAAUCAAAUUUGUAAAGUUGCAAUUGUAGAAAAAAAAAAUCUGAAUUGUGAGAUGUCCAAGUUUAUAAUUCAAUUUAUAAUUAAAAAUCUGAAUUGUUAGAAAUUUGUAAUUCUGAAUUCUAAAUUAGAAUUACGAAAUAUGAACUCGCAAUUCUAAAGAUCAAAAGUCAUUAAUUGAAUAAUUUUUUUCUGUGGGAGAAAUAAGCUUCCAUCUCUGUGGAGCACAACAGUAGCCACCCACUUUUACGUUCAAGUAUUUUUCCCGUUCAGUUUUUUUAUUGAGAUUUCAUAAAGUUCUUCAAUGCGGAAAUCAAAGCCUUAAACUAAACAAACCAGCUCUGAUAUGAAUCAUUAUAAAUUCAGGCUUCAGAAAAAAUAUAAAGAGGGCAUGAGCUGCUCGUCCCAUGAAGCAUUGUGAACGACGCAAUCAAAAUAAGGAAUUACGGUUCAAUACGAAACAAUAUAUCUGAACUGCAUUACAAAAUAUUGUGACUCCCUCAUUCACGGUGCUGCAUUGCAGUGGUCGAUUGUUGCUGAGCUCUUUUGCAGUGAUUUAUGUUUCCAUAGUAACAAUGAGUCCUCUGAUUGGUUUCUUUCUAGUUAAGAUUAUGGUGUAAGGGAAUUCAGCUAUUAAAAAUACCUUUUAAAAAAAGACCUUGAAAUCACAGACUUAUGGUUUUUACAGCAGCACAUAUCAUCUCUUAAAGUUCAAAAGCCUCUUAAAAGGUUUACGUGCUAUUGGGGUUAAAAUUCAAUUAGUCUACGGAGAAAGUAAAUGGGAUUUUUUACUUAUGAAAGCUGACUGUUGUGCUCUAGAAGUGGGCUUCGCGGUUUUCUUUGCUGUCAGUCAGCCAAUAAGCGGGAUCAUUUCUUAUGGACAGUGUUCCUGUGUGAUCUGUUCAUUUGUGGUCCUCCAGUAGUAUUACCUGAGCUGGUGAUAUGGCAUAGAAUCACUUCAGUGUUCGUCUGUUUGUACAGCCUGUGAUUCAGACUCUCACUAACUCAUCUGUCCCGAAGUCUGAUAUGUUUGGUCAUACAGUGAUAGAGACAGACAACUUUAACGCGACGUCACUGCCUUUAUCUCUCUCUGGGGUUAUGUCGAUGAUAUUAGUGGUAUUAUCUAUGAUAAUUAUGCUUUGGUUAUAUAUUUGGUUAUAUAUUGCAUCAAAUUUAAACCAGGUGCCAACACAUUACGGUCAUGUGAUUAUGUGCCAAAAAGCAGUUUACUGGUUUUAAGCUACAAAAGUGAAAUAUUGUGGAUGUUAAUAAAUUCACAACUUUUAAAAAAAAAA